AAGUUGGGAGCAAAAAGUGAAGUCAACUCUGACCUCAGAUCUUCAAAUCGCUUGGGAGAGAUAAGAACGUUAGCGGCAAGCUGCGAUUUCUUAAUCUGCAGUUGCACUGAAGUCUACUGAACUCGAAACUGAGAAGAUGAAGCUGGAUCUGAUUUCUUCCUUGUUUGUGCUUCUGGGUUGCAUUACUUUUGUACAAUCCGAACCUACAUGGCAGAGUUUAAGAGUCACAUGGGGACUCAAUCUGUUGAGUUCAAGAGUAUUUGCGAAACUUCCUAUGACAGAAAGCAAAGCCCGAAGUGAAGGAUUUGUACGACUAGCUGGAGAUUGUGCUGGCGGAAAAUUCCUUGGAAAUCGGUACAUGAAAGGUCUCGAUACCGCUGCAGUACUUAUAUAUGAUGCCAAUGGAUAUAUUGCUGGCAUUCAAAAUGGGAUACCAAGAAAUGAUGUAGAAAAGGUGAACACAAGCUUCUCGUUUGCAAACUCAGCUGCUUAUCAGCUAGACAAGAUUUUGGGCGAAGAAGAAGUAUAUUUCAUGACUGCUUAUUUUGUCGAUCCAAAAAUAAUAUGCAGUGGUGGCCGGACCAGAGAGCAAUAUUUGGAACAAGGCACGGGAACUGGCCUCUAUUUCCAGAAUGGUACAGAUCCUAUAAAUGAUUCCGUGGAAAUACCUUUGUAUGAGAAAGAUAUGGAAGGAACUCGCUGGGUUAAAGGUGGUUGCUUUAGAACAAUGGGUGUUCACUACUGGUACGAUGCUCAUGAGAAUAUGACAUGCUCGAAAUUUUUUCCUAUCACUGCUAUCUACAACAGAGGAAAGUUGACUAAUUUCGCUUUUGCCUCUUUCGGCAACUAUGAAUUUUCGAAGCGAUUCGAACAUCCACCUUCGUCUACUUUUAAUCUGUUCCUGCCAACGCCUGUGCCGAAAUGCUUAUAUGAUGAAUACGAGACAUCUGGGGGUUUUAGUACCAUGCAUGUGUACUUCACUAUAAGACCAUGGAAUCUCUUUUGCUGAUUUAUCUAGCUGCACCUGAUGAUACACCAAAGAUAUAUUAUUAAUCAUUAAAAUAAUAUAAGUAAUUAAAAAUAAAUUAGUAUCUGUUAUUUGAAGUGUCGCUAAUUUGAGAAAAUGAGGUUUAUUAAAAUACAUUCGUGAACUCUG